AAGAAAACUGACUAUAUGACGCACAAACCGGAAGUCGUCACAGAAGAGAAGAUGGCGGAAGCGGCUAAUGAAGCGGAGCUACUCAAGGAGAAGGCGAAUAACUACUUUAAAGAGAAAGAUUAUGAAAAUGCCAUCAAGUUCUACUCAGAGGCUUUGGAGCUCAAUCCGUCCAACGCCAUCUACUACAGCAACCGCAGCCUGGCCUACCUGCGCACCGAGUGCUAUGGCUACGCCCUGGCGGACGCUACCAAGGCCCUGGAGGUGGACAAGAACUACAUUAAAGGCUACUACCGCCGCGCCACCUCCAACAUGGCUCUGGGGAAGUUCAAAGCUGCUCUGAAGGACUAUGAGACGGUCGUGAGGGUUCGACCGAACGACAAGGACGCCAAGAUGAAGUACCAGGAGUGCAACAAGAUCGUGAAGCAGAAAGCCUUCGAGCGAGCCAUCGCCAGCGACGAGACGAAAAAGUCUGUGGUGGACUCUCUGGACAUCGAGAGCAUGACCAUCGAGGACGACUAUGCCGGCCCCAAACUUGAGGAUGGAAAGGUGACGGUCAGCUUCAUGACGGACAUGAUGGAGUGGUUCAAAGAGCAGAAGAAGCUGCACAGGAAGUGUGCGUACCAGAUUUUGGUGCAGGUUAAAGACGUUCUGUCGAAGUUACCCAGUCUGGUUGAAAUCACGUUAAAGGAGACAGAUAAGUUAACUAUUUGUGGGGACACCCACGGCCAGUACUACGACCUCCUCAACAUUUUCAAGCUGAACGGCUUACCGUCAGACGCCAACCCUUACCUGUUCAACGGGGACUUUGUGGACCGCGGCUCCUUCUCCCUCGAGGUCAUCCUCACUCUCUUUGGCUUCAAGCUGCUCUACCCCGACAACUUUCACCUACUGAGAGGAAACCACGAGACGGACAACAUGAACCAGAUGUACGGGUUUGAAGGGGAGGUCAAAGCCAAGUACACGGCGCAGAUGUUCCAGCUGUUCAGCGAGGUCUUCCAGUGGCUUCCUCUCGCUCAGUGCAUCAACAGCAAAGUGCUGGUGAUGCACGGCGGACUUUUCAGUGAAGACGGCGUCACGUUGGACGACAUUAGGAAGAUCGACAGAAAUCGACAACCUCCAGACUCAGGUCCCAUGUGCGACCUCCUCUGGUCAGACCCGCAGCCUCAGAACGGCCGGUCGGUCAGCAAGAGGGGAGUGAGCUGUCAGUUCGGACCGGACGUGACGGAGAGCUUCCUGGAGAAGAACAAGCUGGACUACAUCAUCCGCAGUCACGAGGUCAAAGCUGAGGGUUACGAGGUCACCCACUCAGGGAAGUGCAUCACCGUGUUCUCAGCGCCCAACUACUGUGAUCAGAUGGGAAAUAAAGGAGCUUACAUCCACCUCAGGGGAUCAGACCUCAAGCCAGAAUUUCACCAGUUCACAGCUGUGCCUCAUCCGAAUGUCAAGCCCAUGGCGUACGCUAACACGCUAAUGCAGCUGGGGAUGAUGUAGAGUCCAGGACGUCCCGUCAGACCCCGCAGCAUCCCUGCCGCCUCAUUCCCUGCAGCACUCGGACAUGCUUAGCCCGAGGGACCCCCCCCCCCCCCCCCCCCCCCCUCAACAAACUAAUCGUACGCAGAAAAAACACGUAGUUCUGAUGGGAAGAGACCACUGACACCGGCCGGCUUGGGAAGCGGUCGUAGUAUUUUCACGGCAGUUAGAACUGGAACGAUCCACGUUUCCGUCGUUCCCUCUUCCCGAUCUCCUAUUCCAGCGGGGCCACGGAGACCCGCCCCCAACACGUUUGGACGAUUUCUGUCUUUUCUUUCUUUGAGCUACUUGGGUUUUAGGUCUGUGAGACGCUCAGCCGAUGGCUUCAAAUAGCUGGUCUGUACCAAAGAUCUGUAUUUAAUGAUUGUUCAGUUUUAGCAAGAACGCCUUGUGAGUCUGAAACCAUUGGCUGGUUCAGGAGCAGCGUCAGUGUUACUCAAACCACCUCCAGCGUCCCCUCGCUUUGUAAUCCAUCAGGAGUCAGAAUCCGACCGCGACUCCGCGCCGAAGAAGUGUCUGGGUUCAGCCACAACGGUGCUGUUUGCCAUUAGUGAUGUAUUCUGCUGAGAACAUGAAUUUUGCACUGCUGUGUCGCUUCCUGCGUGGAAAGUACCGUCGCACUCCAGGUUCCUCAUCCUCCACCGUCGUCAUCGUCGCGCCACCGAAGCGGGCCGCACCCGCACAGCCCCGCUCCGCAUCCAGCUUUGAUCCCAAACGCUGACGACAGCACAUCUUCGUUCUGGCCGACUUACUGACCCCAAACUUUCUCUCAUCACACAAACGUCCAGAAAACAAUCCUGUCUUGAAACGCACAGAUGUCCAACGAGUCAACUUUUUAGGUACAAUAAUACACUGAUGUGUAUGUAUAUAUAUAUACUGUAUCAUUUAAAGAUCCUGUGUAAUGUUUGGAGAAAAUUAUUGAAUAAAAAAUCCAGUCUAGUGAUUAUAAAA